AUGAGCAGGGAUCAAUAUUUCUACACGAAGGCAGCAGUUCUGCCUUGUCUUGGCCCCGGCUGGCUGAUCUUCGCUUCGAUCCAAUCCGUCUAUCGGACGCAGGCGGAGGCCGCGUUGCUCAGGGACCAGCUCGCCAGCGCCAGGGCUAGCGAGGCGGCGGAGCACGGGAUGCUGCGGGAGGAGCUCCAUGGCCUGAGGUCGGAAGCUUUUGCAGAGUCGGAGGAAGCGGAGCAAGCGAAGAAGGCGGCGCGGGAGCUCCUGGCCGCGUGCGCGGAGGCGCAGACCUCCAGCGAGGCGGCGUGGCAGGCCCACGAAGCCGAGGCGGCCUCCUGCACGUCGCUGCGGCGGAGCCUCAAAGCGGCGGAGGACCAGCUGCAUAGCUUGAACCACCGCAGCUCGACGCAGCAGGCCGCGGAGCUCAUGCUGCUGCGCCGCGAGAAGGCGGCGCGGCGGCAGCUGAGCUCGCUGCUGGCGUGCUUGUUGGAGGACUUGCUGCGGCGGAGCUUCGGGGCCUGGCGGCAGAGCAAGGCGGCGCGGCUACGGGAAGAGCAGGCGGAGGAGGCAGUUCAGCAGAGGCGCGAGCUGCGGGAGCUGCGGGCAGAGCUGGCGGCGGCAUCAUCUUGCCCGGAGUGCGGCAGCAUCUACUUGGCGGACGCUAUGUUUUGCCGCCACUGCGGCCGUAAGCGCGAGGCAGAUGUGGCUCUGACCAACGAGACAGAAGAGGCGGAAAGGCUCAGGAGGGAGCUGGAGCUCCUGCAGCACGAGCUGGGCGAGGAGCAGAGCCGGAAGAGUGAAGCUGUCAGGCUGCGACAGGAGUUGGAAGAGCAGCAGAGGGCGGAGAGGAGGUCUUUGCAACUGCAGGAGGAGCUACGGGACGCCAGGAUCGGGCUGGAAGUGCUGCGGGAUGAGCUGCAGCAAGCCAGGUCCAGCGAGGAAAGAAGCCUGGCGGGUCUGCAAAAAGAGCAGCAGAGGAAGUCCGAAGACCAGGCGCAUGAGCUGCAGGAAGUGAGGGCCAGCCUGCGGGCGGAGCUCCAGAGAGUGAGGGACGCCACUGAGAGCUGCGGGCGCCUGGAGACCGAGCUGGGCGACGCCAG